AUCAUCAUCAUCGUACAAUGUCCUGCGUUCGGCUCGUACGCCAAGAAAAUAGAGGGUGAAGCCAGGGUCGUAGUAGGUCAACAGCAAACGCGAGCGGCAAGACGAGCAAACAGUAAUGAAGUCACCGAGUGGUCGUAGUGAAACGUAAAAUAAAAAAAAAAGAAAGAAACAAAAAGAAAAAGAAAAACAAGCUAAGGACACGAUGCGCAGACCGACGAAAUGGCAGUUGACGGGGCAAGUCAAAAAGCAACUGAAACUUUCGGUGACAGCGGCAGCCGUUAGGUGUGUGGCUAGCUAACCCCGCGAGCCCGUCUCGUGCCCAUGUGGACUCCGCGUCGGUUCUGCAGACACCCGCCGACCGACCUGUGCCGAACCAGGAGAACGCGGGCAGCCGCCGCGCACCGGGGGACAACAGGCAGAGUGAAAAUCGUGCGAGCGUGUGCGGUGCGUGUGGAUGAUGUGAGCGGGUCGUCGUGUCCAGAGCUCCUGCGAACCAGCCGACACCGGCUCCGUUUAGCAUAGCAAUCGGAGAUAAAUAAGCCCAAGGAAAGGUGAAUGUUCGUUUUGAACAUUACAUGGGCUGUAUUCUGCUGACAGACAUGGACCCACCAAGCUCUGGUCCCACAGCACAGCACAAUGGCCUCUGCCUUGACCUCGACCCAGCCGCAGGACGCGACCUCAAGCAGGACAUGGAUGUCACCUGCCUCACUGUCCACCUUUACUACCUCGGGAAGGAUGAAGGAGGGGGUGGGGCCAAAGGUUCAGACAGUGUGCUCACGUUUCCACGUGGGGAGUAUGUAGUUGAAGAACUGUGCAUCACUGCAGCGAAGGCAUGUGGGAUUGCUCCAGUGUAUAGCAACUUGUUUGGCCUUAUGAGGGAAAGUGACCGUAUAUGGUUCCCUCCUAAUCACGUCUUUAAACUCCACCAAUCAGCCAGUGAGAGCCUGCACUUCAGAAUCAGGUACUAUUUUCCUGGCUGGUAUAACAACAGUUCACUCUAUGCCCAUCGCUAUGGUGUGUCCAAAGGGACAGAGAGCCCUGUGAUGGAUGAUUGCGUAAUGGCAUACCUAUUUUUCCAGUGGCGUAGUGACUUUCUUAAUGGCUGGGUUCAAAUCCCGGUGAGCCAUGAGUCCCAGGAAGAGUGUCUGGGCAUGGCGGUGCUAGACAUGAUGAGGCUUGCUAAAGAGAGUGGUAAAUCACCUGUGGAUAUCUACAAUGAUACCAGCUACAAAUCCUUCCUGCCGAGGUGCAUGCGAAGCCGCAUCCAGGAAUAUAACAUCUGGACUCGGAAGAGGAUCCGCUAUCGCUUCAGGAAGUUCAUCGAGCAGUUCAGCGAAUGCAAGGCCACGGUGUGUAACCUCAGGCUCAAAUACCUGAUGAGCCUGGAGAUGCUGCUGCCUUCCCUCUACUCUGAACGCUUCCAAGUCACCGACCACUCCACAUGCGAGGUUACCAUCGUUGUCAUGGGCAACAAGGGCAUCCACUGGUCAAAAGAGGAAGAGGAAGAGGGAGCAGAGGAGGAGCUAAAGUCAUUCUGUGACUUCCCAGAGGUGAUUGACAUCAGCAUUAAACAGGCCAAUAAGGAAGGUUCUGCGGAGAGUCGCAUAGUUACCCUGACCAGACAGGACGGCCAAAUCCUGGAACUGGGGUUUCAUUCCCUGUCAGAGGCUCUGUCAUUCGUAUCAUUAGUUGAUGGAUAUUACAGACUGGUCGCCGAUUCCCAUCAUUACCUGUGUAAAGAGGUGGCUCCACCAAGACUUCUGGAGUGCAUUCAGAGCUACUACCACGGCCCUGUGUCGAUGGAGUUUACGAUUGGUAAACUGCGUCGCUCUGGUAACCACCAAGGCCUGUACAUCCUUCGCUGCAGCCCGAGGGACUACGACAAAUACUUCAUGUCCUUUGUAGUGGGGUAUGACACUGUGGUGGACUACAAGCACUGUCAGAUCACAAAGACAGAGUCAGGAGAGUACAUUCUGAGUGGAGCUAAGAGGAGCUUUGGCUCACUGAGGGAACUUCUGCACUGCUAUCAAAAGGAGGCGCUGCGUACAGACGGAUACACAUUUCAGCUGACCAGGUGCUGCCCACCCAGCCUCAAAGAUAAAUCCAACCUGCUGGUGUGUAGAAAUAAUCAAGGGCCAGAGGUUCCUCUGGCCUCCUCCCUCCACAAACACAUCAGCCAGAUGGUCUUCCACAAGAUCCAAAAAGAGGACCUUGUCAUCAAUGAGAGUCUUGGCCAAGGAACAUUCACCAAGAUCUUCUGCGGUGUGAGGAAAGAGGUGGGAGACUAUGGAGAGGUACACCAGAUAGACGUUGUUAUCAAGAUCCUGGGAAAGGCUCAUCGCAAUUAUUCAGAGUCCUUCUUUGAAGCAGCCAGCAUGAUGAGCCAGCUCUCCCACAAGCACUUACUCCUCAACUAUGGUGUGUGCGUUUGUGGCGAUGAAAACAUGAUGGUGCAGGAGUACGGUAAAUUUGGUUCUCUGGACACCUACCUGAAAAAGAAUAAAAGCAGUGUCAACAUUACGUGGAAGCUAGAAGUGGCCAAGCAGGUAGCCUGGGCUAUGCACUACCUGGAGGAUAAGAACCUCAUUCAUGGAAAUGUCUGUGCCAAGAAUGUUCUCCUGAUUAGAGAGGAGGAUCGGAAGACAGGCAGCCUGCCCUUCAUCAAGCUCAGUGACCCUGGUAUCAGCAUCACUGUGCUGCCCAAAGAAGUACUGGUGGAGCGUAUCCCAUGGGUGCCCCCUGAGUGCAUAGAAAAUCCCCAAAACCUGAGUAUAGCCACAGACAAGUGGGGCUUCGGGACUACCCUUUGGGAGCUCUGCAGUGGUGGAGAGAAGCCACUCAGCACUCUGGAUUGCUCCAAGAAGAACUUGUUCUAUGAGGACAGGCACCAACUGCCAGCUCCCAAAUGGACAGAGCUGGCCAAUCUAAUAAACAGCUGUAUGGACUAUGAGCCCUCACACCGACCAUCCUUCAGAGCAGUUAUCAGAGAUCUCAACAGCCUCUUCACACCAGACUAUGAGCUGCUGGUGGAGAGUGACAUGGUGCCCAAUAGGACAAGAGGCUUUGGCUUCCCAUGGGCCUCUGAGAGCCAGGAGCCUGCCCAGUUUGAGGAGAGGCACCUCAUCUUUCUCAAGCAGCUGGGCAAAGGAAACUUUGGCAGUGUGGAGAUGUGCAGGUACGACCCCCUGCAGGACAGCACAGGGGAGGUGGUGGCGGUGAAGAAACUACAGCACAGCACAGCCGAACACCUCAGGGACUUUGAGCGGGAAAUUGAGAUCCUCAAAUCCCUCCAGCAUGAAAACAUUGUCAAAUACAAAGGUGUCUGCUAUAGUGCAGGACGAGGGAACCUACGGCUGAUCAUGGAAUAUCUCCCCUAUGGCAGCUUGAGAGAUUAUCUCAUGAAACACAAAGACCACUUUGAUUCCAAGAAACUGCUGCAUUAUGCAUCACAGAUUUGCAAGGGUAUGGACUACCUUGCCACAAAGCGUUAUAUCCACAGAGACCUGGCCACUAGAAACAUUCUGGUGGAGAGUGAGAUGAGGGUGAAAAUCGGUGAUUUCGGCCUGACCAAGGUGCUGCCGCAGGACAAAGAGUACUACACUGUCAGAGAGCCUGGGGAAAGCCCCAUCUUUUGGUAUGCUCCGGAGUCACUCACAGAGAGCAAGUUCUCUGUGGCAUCAGACGUUUGGAGUUUCGGUGUUGUCCUCUACGAACUCUUCACUUACAGUGACAAGAACUGCAGCCCACCAGCGGUGUUUAUGGACAAGAUGGGAAAUGAAAAGCAGGGCCAGAUGAUUGUCUACCAUCUGAUAGACUUGCUGAAACAAGGGUACAGGUUGCCUGCUCCUGAUAAUUGUCCAAAGGAGAUCCACAAGAUUAUGACAGAGUGCUGGAGCAGUGACCUGAGACUGCGGCCUACUUUCAAGACAUUAAUCCACAGUGUGGAGACCGUACGAGACAGCAAGGACGGAUGAGCGGCAUUCAUUUCUGAACCUCUGAAUUUUAGGGAAUCGACACCCGGGAAUCAGUCCUCACGAAUCUUAAAAGAACAAUGAUUGUCUCCGUGAUGUCUGGGUUUACUGCAGCCAUGCAAUCACUAGUAUGAAAUAUACUAGAUUUUUUUUUUUCUUGGUGCUCUGCCUGCCUGUAAGCCUGAUUAACAUUUACUUAAAUGAAGACGUUGGAGUGAUGGCAAUAUCCACUUUGUUAGCACAGUUUUCACACGUCUUUCUAUGACCACAUAAAAUAGACAAAUUAUCAGAUUGAUUACUACACUACAUCCGACUCAGACAUCAAACAAAAGAUCAUCUCUGUUGUUUUCAAGAACAUUUCAUUAUGGGAUACAUUAUUUUCUUUGUCUUAUUUGUACAUGUUGUGGUUUACAAAUUGAAUUUGACCAGUCAUUGACUGCAGAAAGGAGACUGUUUUAUGAAUCAAGAUUUUCAGUAACUUGUGUUGAAUGUUUAAGAUACUAACCAAAAAUGUAUAAAUCACCAAAAAGAAUUUUGUUAAUACUCUGUCCUUUGAUUUUGUACUUUUAUUGUUGUAAACUGAGCAGCGAAUUAUUUUGUUUAACCAAAGAGACCAUGGGAUUCUUAACAGAGCCAUGUGACUGCACCUCAUAUCGAGAACGAACUUUCUGAUCACUUUGACAUCACUUAGCCGAAUCCACCCGAACUCAACCUCACUGCUCUGCUCAUGCGUGGCUGUGCUUUGAUUGACUGGGAAGGCCCACGUUUCCUCCUGCUCACGCCCAGAAAGACGCCUGCUUGAUGCCUCUUAAAGACUGAUAAAUGUAAAGCACCAGCUGUACAUGGACCCGCUAUGUAGAUCUCUGCAAGUGGUUUUCGAGUAAGAUUUCUGUUGUUACACUUGACUUGCGUUUUACAGAUGUUCAUUGCACACUGAGGAUGAUUCUUUAUUUUUCUGAGCAAAAUUUGCUACAAAUAAACCAUCUGUCUACAUAACAAGAGGUCAGACUUAACACAAAUCGCCCUUUCUUAGUUUACAUCAUUUAAUGCAAUGUGGAAACAAUGAAAUAUAUCAGACAGGCAGCAAUAACUACUCAUUAAGCUCUUUGACGACUUGGUAGACAGUACAGUAGUGUUGUAUCAUGGACUCAUACAUUAUCCUUUUUUUUGAAGGAUACCAGCUCGGGAAAUGAUAUUACCUUUGUAAUUAAAUACUAAUGGGUAAAUACAUAUUUUAUAAAUACAGUUAGGAAGUUUUCAGUGUCAAAAGUCUAUACUAUCCGCUUUUAGAUACCUAAUAUUAGAAGUGCAUGUUGAAAGUAAUGAAGGGAGGGGUUUUUACUUUCUGCACUAGCUUGUUGAAGUAUGUGGUAUAUACAAUUUAUUUGACUUUUGUUCAUGUCAUUAUUUUCCCAUCCAUUUAAAGAUUUCGAAGAGCUUGUGUGUUAGGUGAGUAUGUGCUCUGAUGUGCAUUACACUUUCAAACACAAAUUCAUCAGUGGUCACAAGGGUUUUUUUUUUUUUUGUGGGGUAAAUUUUUAAAUCUUUACAUGCCAAAUGUUAAAGUGCCAAUGACUAAAGUGUGAUUUGUGAUGAUAAUGGUGAGAGGAAACUUUUGAAUUUCUGGAACAGCAACUAUGUUUUUAAUUUUCAAACAAAAAAACCCUCACUCCUCAAGGUUGUUUUAGACCAUAAAAGAUAAGCCAUAAAUACACACACACACAAAAUGUCAAAGGGUGGAUGCCCUCUCACGUCGCUAAGAAUGAGUCAUUGUAAAGAGCACGGUUUUCUCACUUGAAAACCCACAAGCUCCAACACCCUGACAUCUGGGACCGUUGAUCUGACUGUCUUGAAUAUUUCUUUUAAUGUCAGGUCUUUGACUUUGUGUUUGCUUUGACUAAGAUCAGUGUUUUUUUAAUGGUUUUUUUUUUUUUUAUUAUUCUUGCAUUAAUCCUAUUUUUUUACUAUCACAGGUAUCAAUCUUGAUAUUUGUGUAUAACUGUGUAACAUCAAAUAUGAGUAUUUUGUGAAAUAUAUAUCUUUUUAAAUCCAAAGACAUUCAGAAAAACCAGAUGUUUAACAGAUUAAAUUGAUGGUUUCAUUAAUUUCAAUUUUAGUUUGUUGCUUUGUGAAUGAAAUGAAGCCUGGUUUUGUCAUCUGAUGGCAACAGGCAGCUACCUUUUAAUACAUUUACGUGUAGAUUGGUGUAAAUAUUGAAAUACUGAAUAUUGUAAAUAUUAAUUUCUUCAGAUAAAGCUUUAUCAUGUUCCA